AUGGAACAACAGCACCAUGUCAAUGCUCUCAGCGAUGUAUUGAUGACGUUUCUAAGAGCUAUGGAGAUGACUGUCAACAAGCGCGUUGAGGAGAAAUUGGCAGCUCGCGUUGAGGAGGAAAUGGAGGCUCGCGUUGAGGAAUUGGCGGCUCGCGUUGAGGAGAAACUGGCAGCUCAGAGGAAAGAGGCCUUGACAAAGCCCUUCCCAGAGAUUUGA